AUGGAGGAGAGAUUCCCUUUCCAUUACUCUUUAUUGGAAUACCUGUUUACUUUAUUGGGACUUUUAUUGUUCCUGUUGGAUAUAGCACUGGACAUUUGGACUGUUGUGUCUUUUUAUCAGGACGGGGCAUAUGUGUACAUGGCAGUGAUGAUCUUUCUGCUGCUGGGUUCUUCAGUGUUGUUACAGGUCUUCAGCUGGCUCUGGUACUCUGAUUCUCUGGAUAGGAUCGAGACUAACGUGGAGAAAUUUGCAAACAAGCAUUUAUUGAUCAACCCAAUACACUUCCUGCAGCUCGGAGUCUACCUCAGGUAUGCUGGGGUGAUAGAGAUUUCCACAACACAUUUUCUUCGGCACACUAACAGUUUCACAGAGGGUGUAGCUGUGUACCUGAACUAUGAUCUUCUGAUGCUUCGACUGUUUGAGACAUUUUCUGAAAACGCCCCACAACUCACACUCAUGAUGUCUAUAAUCCUACAGAGAGGAGAGCUGGAGAUUAUUACAGGUUUAAAAAUCCUCACAUCAGCUGCUGCGAUUGCCAGUAGUGUUGCUAUGUACCACCGCGGCAUGCGUGCCUUUCUUCCCGAAAAACGCAAGAUGAGUUGGAUCUCCACAGGGAUUUAUUUCCUGUGGAACUUGUUGGUGAUUAUUCCCCGUGUAUCUGCUCUGGCGCUCUUCUGCAGUGUGUUGCCAUGCUACAUCAUAGCUCACUUCCUGUCUUGGUGGAUGCUUCUGUUUUUAGCGGCCUGGAGCCAGAAAACAAAUUACAUGGAACAUUCUGGUUGGGAAUGGCUCUUCAGAGCUGCUGUUGGACUCAUCUGGUACUUCUGCUGGUUUAACAUAUCAACAGGAAGCAUAAAAUCAAAGACAAUUCUGUAUUAUAGUUUGAUGGCUUUGGACACAGUGAUGCUGCUGGGCUUCUGGUGCUGGAAGGUGUUUGAGUAUGCAGGAUGCUGGAGCUCUUUAAGUCCUUACGUGGUGAUCCCGACACUACUGGGUUUGUAUGUCAUUGGAAUACUAGUGAAAAUUAUAUACUACAGAUGGUUUCAUCCAAACUGUGAUGAAAAGAAAAUCUCUGAACCCACUGAAAGGCAGUCUACAUUUGCGCCAGCAUGUUAUAACAUUGAGACGGACGCAAACCAAAGGCCUUUCCUUUGUGCUAUAGCUGCAGCUCCUGCUCCUGCUCCUGCUCCUGCUGAACCGCUCACUGGAGUUCCUAGUAGACAUAGGAAAAUGGCUGCUAAUUUCUACUCUUAGUUCUUGGAUAUACUUUUAAAAGACUCUCACCCAUGUAUCCCCUGUGAUUUUAUCAUAAUAUAUUAAAAUUAAUGUUUUAUUUUUAAAAAAGGUAUUUAUAAUCUGUUUUUCUACACAGAAUACAUCCUUUUUGUACAAUGUUUUGAAUAAAAUAACAUUUUAGAUUGUGAACGUAAUAUAUUUUAUUUUCUAUAAAAAGAAAACAUUUUAACAUCUCUUUAAAUAUUGAUCUAGUUUCUGUUGUGUAAAUGAACACGUUACCAUUCUUUGUCCCAUUCCUUAAAAACGUGUUUUUAGCUUUUGAAAUGUUUAAGAGAUUAAGAUGUAAAUUAACGGAUUCUGACUAUCAGAUAACAGUAAUAAAAUAAAUAAUUAAAUAAAAGAACAAUAAGCACAACAGAGGUAAAAUGAAGCCCUGCUGCCGGAGAACUCCCGUAUCUUCCUGCAGACUUCAGAUUCAUCCCUGCUUCCAAACACCCGUCCGUAAUUAAGUGGCCCUGAACACCUUGAUUAGCUGCUUCAGGUUUGUUUAAUUCUGUUUAGAACUGAUGUCUGCAGUAUGGUAGCUCUCUAAGAGCAGACACUUGUUAAGCAUAUUACGACAAAACUCAUUUUUUUGCUCAAACCGGUUAGAUGUUAUACUCAAACGUUUCUAUCGUCGAAAUGUCUUUUGACCAGUAGGCGGCAUUGUGCCAAAACUACUCAGGUCAUGUUUGUUCUAAAAAGUUUGGACAUAAUCCUUUAAAGCUCAUGUCCAUUUUUUAUAACAAACCUCUAUGCUGAUAAUCAAUCA